CUGGUAGUACUAUUUAAAUUCACCUCACCGGCCACUUGAAUGCUUUAAGCCAAGUGAACUCAUGAAGAUUAAAUCCCAUCUCCAAAGUCUUAGCGCCACUGAAGCAGUAACCACUGUGCAGCACCUGGUUUUCGAGUGCUUUGGACAUCUUUCAAACAGUUCACAUGCAUCAAGGCAAUAUAUAGUAGGUGGCAGUAGUGCUAGCUACUUACACUUGGUAGCCCCCUUUUCCCUCUACAAGUUGCAUCGUUGCAUGUGUCUCACUCUGUUUGGUAGCUCUCACCUCUUUCACUCUUAAAUGCUCGUUUUCCUCCACGCUUCACACAUUCCCAGGCUUAGCUUUUCUGUGUUGUCGUCUUCUUCUUCUUUUUCUCCUUCUCUUCUGAACCCAAGUUCCCCACACAUUCUUCCAUUGUGUCUUCCAAGUUCCUCUCAACUCUCAAGGGUGCUAUUGUGGUAGCUAGAAAGGCUCUUGCUUAUAGUAGUUUUGCAGAAAUGGUGGAUUUUGGAGGUGGGGUUUUAUUAGGAGUCAUGAGCAAAGCAUUUUUCGCUGCACUCGCUUGCAUCUUUGCGUUAGGAGGGGCCCUUGUGGGAACAAUUACAGGUGCAGUUAAGGGCCAGACAACAGAAACCGGGUUCUUUCGUGGGGCAGGAAUUGGUGCAAUAUCAGGUGCAGUUCUGGCUGUUGAGUUGCUUGAAUCUUGUCUCGUCGAUGGUGCAGACUUGUUAUCCAAGGUUGCUCUAUUUGGAAGCUUGUUAGAUGGAAAGGUUUUCCGCGAAUGGGUGAGCCCUGCAAUGCUAAAGGCUUACCAAUGGCAAGUUAGCACCCUCGAGACAAAUUACUUAGAGAUCUCAGACAUUUAUGACAUCGAUAGCACUAGAGGGAUGCCUCCCAACUUGGUCAACAAGCUCCCUAAGUUCACUUUCACCACUACCAAGAUGAUACACCCAUGGGAUGAGAGAUCUUGUACAAUCUGCUUACAGGAUUUCAAGGAAGGUGACCAUGCAAGGAAACUUCCCAAUUGUAGGCAUUUCUUUCAUUUGCUUUGCAUUGAUGGAUGGCUAGUUCGGCAUGGAUCUUGCCCUAUUUGUAGAACGGAUGUUUGAUGCAAAAGACAGAAAGGAAACCCAAAGAAAUUACAGUUGUUAGCUGGUCCUAAGGAAGGAAAACAAACAGAAGGAAUGAAUCUGCAUUUUCACGACUUCCCUACAAUAUCUCCUAUGUUCAAUAGAAAAUUUGAAUUCUAUUAUUGUUCUUGUCUUAUAAUAACAAUGUUUUAUAUGUGUAUGUUUGCAAUGGGCUUUAGCCCCCAUAUGGGCCAAGUGCAAUAUGCUAGACCUAGUCAGCGGGUUAAUGGGUUACUGAUAGGGUGUAGAUAGGACCCACUAUGACACAAUGUGGAGAAUGUGCCUUAUGACCAAUUCAACAUCAGCAAGUGUCAAGUGAAUAGGCCAGGACAAAAAACAGAAAAUACAUUGAAAUUACUUACUCUUGCAAAGAUAA